AUGCAGAUCGUAGCAUCGAUUGUCAUACAAUUCGUGUUGGUGGUGAUUGCACUGGCAAUUACUGUCUUACGAUGCUAUAUUCGGUUGUUCCUCGAGCGCCGCAAGCUGACACUGCCCGACUACCUUGUAUGGGGAGGGUGGUUCAGCACAUUGGGGUUUACUAUUGGCUCCGUUAUAGCGCUUCAACUCCAGUUAAAUCACCCUCUGAUCGAACCUGAAUUAUUAACAGACUCGGUCUCAUAUCUGAAGACGGUAUUCAUAAUGUGCUAUUUCUUCGACUUCGGACUGUACUUCCCAAAGGUCUCGUUGGUCGCUUUCUACUGGUGGCUGAUUCCGCUUGGCUUUCGACGACUUCGAAUUGCCGUCUACGUAAGUGCUGCUUACGUUGGGUGUGCCUUCGUUGCGACCUUGCUGUCAGACACGUUGCAUGCAAACCCAGUCUCGAACAACUGGUCAUUGGAGAAUCAGCUGCUAUCCACAUGGAACUCAUACACCACCUUUGCUAUCAACUGGGCCCUCAAUUGGUCUACUGAUCUCCUUUUAUUCAUCCUCCCAUUCUUCAUCAUCAACCGCCUGAAGUUGCGGAGGCGCCAAAAGAUCGCCCUUAGUGGAGUGUUCUCGCUCGGUCUGAUCACCAUUGUUAUCAGUCUGGCACGCUUCAUCGUGUAUACAGUGACGGAUUACAACGUGGAUGACGCAUCUGGCAAUCUUUGGUGCACAACCGAGAUGUGCACAGCAAACAUCGUUGUUUCGCUGCCCGCCCUGAAAGCCCUCGUCGUACGCUCGAGUCCACACAACACCUCCUACCGCAGCACCGAUGGCUACAUGAACGCUGGCUCUGCAAAACCUCUCAGCAACAACGGAGCAUCCAGAUCGCAUGUGCACGGUGGAAGAAUCAGCGAUGAUGAACUGGAGCUGGUCUUCCAGGGAUCACAGAAGCCGAGCACAAGCGCGUUUCGAACCACAAUUUCGACGGCACAGCAAGACAUAAAGGAUAACGUAAUCAUUACGAAAGACUGGAGUGUUACGACACAUGAUGCAUGA